AACAGGCUUUGACCGAUAGUAACCCCUGUGCUCAGCGCCGCCGAAUCUAUAAAAGGAACUAGUCGCGGCAAAACCCGGGUAAUUCCGAGGAAGAGUGAGUGCAGCCGGGGCCUUGAGGACACCUCUCUCCCCUGGCGAAGGUGGGCUGGACAGGGGUCUCCGCGCUACCAGCGCCGCCACAGCCAAUUUCUCCAGGCACUUUGCUCCUCUUCCCACACUUCUCGGGAAGGAUUUUUCAAGGGGCAGGGGCAAGAGACGCAAACACAAAAGUGGAAAACAGUUAAUGACCAGCCACAGCGCCCCUGCUUGAGCUCUGGCCACUUCCUCCACGGGGCUCCCGAGCGGAGCCACACGCAGGCUGCUGUGGUGCCAGCUGAGGUAACAUGGCUUAUUGGACUCAACUGAGGUUACUGCUGUGGAAGAACCUCACUUUCAGAAGAAGACAAACAUGUCAGCUGUUGCUGGAAGUGGCCUGGCCUCUAUUUAUCUUCCUGAUCCUGAUCUCUGUGCGGCUGAGCUACCCACCCUAUGAACAACAUGAAUGUCACUUUCCAAACAAAGCCAUGCCCUCUGCAGGAACACUUCCUUGGGUUCAGGGGAUUAUCUGCAAUGCCAAUAACCCCUGCUUCCGUUAUCCGACUCCUGGUGAGGCUCCUGGGGUUGUUGGAAACUUUAACAAGUCCAUUGUGUCUCGCCUGUUCUCAGAUGCUCGGCGGCUUCUUUUGUAUAGCCAGAGAGACACCAGCAUGAAGGACAUACACAAAGUUCUGAGGACAUUAUACCAGAUGGAGAGAUCCAGAUCAGGCUUGAAGCUUCGGGACUUCCUGGCAGACAAUGAAACCUUCUCUGAAUUCCUGCAUCACAACCUCUCUCUGCCAAGGCCUACUGUGGACAAGAUGCUGGGGGCUGAUGUCAGACUCCACAAGGUAUUUUUGCAAGGCUACCAGUUACAUUUGACCAACCUGUGCAAUGGAUCAAAAUUAGAAGAGGUGAUUCAGCUUGGUGACCAAGAAGUCUCCAGGCUUUGCAGCCUGCCAAGGGAAAAGCUGGAUGCAGCAGAGCAAGUACUGCGUUCCAACAUGGACAUCCUGAAGCCGAUCCUGACGCAACUAAACUCCACAUCUCCCUUCCCGAGCAAGGAACUGGCUGAAGCCACGAAAGCUUUGCUGGAUAGUCUUGGGAAUCUGGCCCAAGAGCUAUUCAGCAUGAAGAGCUGGAGUGACAUGCGGCAGGAGGUUAUGUUUCUGACCAACGCGAAUAGCUCUAGCUCUUCCACCCAGAUCUACCAGGCAGUGUCCCGCAUCGUCUGUGGCCAUCCCGAGGGCGGGGGCCUGAAGAUCAAGUCCCUUAACUGGUAUGAGGACAACAACUACAAAGCCCUCUUUGGAGGCAAUGGCACCGAGGAUGAUGCUGGCACUUUCUAUGACAAUUCCACAACUCCUUAUUGCAAUGAUUUGAUGAAGAAUCUGGAGUCCAGUCCUCUUUCCCGCAUCAUAUGGAAAGCUCUCAAGCCUCUUCUUGUUGGAAAGAUCCUAUAUACACCGGACACUCCAGCCACAAGGCAGGUUAUGGCCGAGGUGAAUAAAACCUUCCAAGAACUGGCUGUAUUUCAUGAUAUGGAAGGCAUGUGGCAAGAGCUCAGCCCCAAGAUCUGGACCUUCAUGGAGAGCAGCUCAGAAAUGGACCUUGUCCGGACGCUGUUGAACAGCAGAGGCAGUGACCACUUUUGGGAAAAGCGAUUGGAAGGCUUAGAUUGGACAGCCAAAGAUAUCGUGGCAUUUCUGGCUAAGCACCCAGAGGAUGUCCAGUCCACGAAUGGCUCCACGUACACCUGGAGAGAAGCCUUCAAUGAGACCAACCAGGCAGUCCAGACCAUCUCUCGCUUCAUGGAGUGUGUGAACCUGAACAAGAUAGAACCAGUCGCAACAGAGGCUCGACUCAUCAACAAGUCUAUGGAGCUGCUGGAUGAGCGGAAGUUCUGGGCUGGGAUCGUGUUUCCUGGAAUCACCCCAGGCAGUGUCGAGCUGCCCCAUCACGUCAAGUAUAAGAUCCGGAUGGACAUCGACAAUGUGGAGAGGACGAACAAGAUCAAGGAUGGGUACUGGGACCCUGGUCCUCGGGCUGACCCCUUUGAGGAUAUGCGGUACGUCUGGGGGGGCUUCACCUACUUGCAGGAUGUGGUGGAGCAGGCAAUCAUCAGAGUGCUGACGGGUAUGGAGAAGAAAACUGGCGUCUACAUGCAGCAGAUGCCCUACCCCUGUUACGUCGAUGACAUCUUCCUGCGGGUCAUGAGCCGGUCAAUGCCCCUCUUCAUGACCCUGGCCUGGAUUUACUCGGUGGCUGUGAUCAUCAAGGGCAUCGUGUAUGAGAAGGAGGCGCGGCUGAAGGAGACUAUGCGCAUCAUGGGCCUGGACAAUGGCAUCCUCUGGUUUAGCUGGUUCAUCAGUAGCCUCAUCCCUCUGCUUGUGAGCGCCGGCCUGCUGGUGGUCAUCCUGAAAUUGGGAAACCUGCUGCCCUACAGCGACCCCAGCGUGGUGUUCGUCUUUCUGUCCGUGUUCGCCGUGGUGACCAUCCUGCAGUGCUUCCUGAUCAGCACGCUCUUCUCCAGAGCCAACCUGGCGGCAGCCUGUGGGGGUAUCAUUUACUUCACGCUCUACCUGCCCUACGUCCUGUGUGUGGCGUGGCAAGACUACGUGGGCUUCUCUCUCAAGAUCGCUAGCCUGCUGUCUCCUGUGGCUUUUGGGUUUGGCUGUGAAUACUUCGCCCUUUUCGAGGAGCAGGGCAUCGGGGUGCAGUGGGACAACCUCUUUGAGAGCCCCAUGGAGGAAGAUGGCUUCAACCUCACCACCUCAGUCUCCAUGAUGCUCUUUGACACCUUCCUCUACGGGGUGAUGACCUGGUACAUCGAGGCUGUGUUUCCUGGCCAAUAUGGAAUCCCCAGACCUUGGUAUUUCCCUUGCACUAAGUCGUACUGGUUCGGUGAGGAGAGUGAUGAGAAGAGCCACCCUGGUUCCAGCCAGAAGGGACCAUCAGAAAUCUGCAUGGAGGAGGAGCCCACCCACCUGAAGCUGGGUGUGUCCAUUCAGAACCUGAUGAAGGUUUACCGAGAUGGCAUGAAGGUGGCCGUCGACGGCCUAGCCCUGAAUUUCUAUGAAGGCCAGAUUACCUCCUUCCUGGGCCACAAUGGAGCCGGAAAGACCACCACCAUGUCAAUCCUGACAGGGUUGUUCCCUCCCACCUCGGGUACUGCCUACAUUCUGGGAAAAGACAUUCGCUCCGAGAUGAGCACCAUCCGGCAGAACCUGGGGGUCUGUCCCCAGCAUAACGUGCUGUUUGACAUGCUGACUGUUGAAGAGCACAUCUGGUUCUAUGCCCGCCUGAAAGGGCUCUCGGAGAAGCACGUGAAGGCCGAGAUGGAGCAGAUGGCCCUGGAUGUCGGCUUGCCACCCAGCAAACUGAAAAGCAAAACAAGUCAGCUGUCAGGAGGAAUGCAGAGAAAGCUGUCUGUGGCCUUGGCCUUUGUCGGGGGAUCCAAGGUUGUCAUUCUGGAUGAGCCCACAGCUGGUGUGGACCCUUACUCCCGCAGGGGAAUUUGGGAGCUGCUGCUGAAAUAUCGACAAGGCCGCACCAUCAUUCUCUCCACACACCACAUGGAUGAGGCGGACAUCCUGGGGGACAGGAUUGCCAUCAUUUCCCAUGGGAAGCUGUGCUGCGUGGGCUCCUCCCUGUUCCUGAAGAACCAGCUGGGGACAGGCUACUACCUGACCCUGGUCAAGAAGGAUGUGGAGUCCUCCCUCAGCUCGUGCAGAAAUAGCAGUAGCACUGUGUCGUACCCGAAAAAGGAGGACAGUGUUUCUCAGAGCAGUUCUGAUGCUGGCCUGGGCAGCGACCAUGAAAGUGACACACUGACCAUCGACGUCUCCGCUAUCUCCAACCUCAUCAGGAAGCAUGUGGCCGAGGCCCGGCUGGUGGAAGACAUUGGACAUGAGCUGACCUACGUGCUGCCCUACGAAGCUGCCAGAGAGGGAGCCUUUGUGGAACUCUUCCAUGAGAUUGACGACCGGCUCUCAGACCUGGGCAUCUCCAGUUAUGGCAUCUCAGAGACCACCCUGGAAGAAAUAUUCCUCAAAGUGGCUGAAGAGAGUGGGGUGGACGCUGAGACCUCAGAUGGCACCCUCCCAGCGAGACGAAACAGACGGGUCUUCGGGGACAAGCAGAGCUGUCUUCGCCCAUUCACUGAAGACGAUGCUGCUGAUCCAAAUGAUUCCGACGUAGACCCAGAAUCCAGGGAAACAGACCUGCUCAGCGGUAUGGACGGCAAGGGCUCCUACCAAGUGAAGGGCUGGAAACUCACUCAGCAGCAGUUUGUGGCCCUUUUGUGGAAGAGGCUGCUGAUUGCCAGGCGGAGUCGGAAGGGAUUUUUUGCUCAGAUUAUCCUGCCAGCUGUGUUUGUCUGCAUUGCCCUAGUGUUCAGCUUGAUUGUGCCACCCUUUGGCAAGUACCCCAGCCUGGAACUUCAGCCCUGGAUGUACAACGAACAGUACACAUUUGUCAGUAAUGAUGCACCUGAGGACGUGGGCACCCAGGAACUCUUGAAUGCCCUCACCAGAAAGCCUGGCUUCGGGACCCGGUGUAUGGAAGGGAACCCAAUCCCAGACAAGCCCUGCUUGGUGGGGGAGAAGGAAUGGAUCACUGCCCCAGUUCCCCAGACCAUCAGGGACCUCUUCCAAAAUGGGAACUGGACGAUGGCGAACCCCUCCCCUGCCUGCCAGUGUAGCAGUGAUAAAAUCAAGAAGAUGCUGCCAGUGUGUCCCCUGGGGGCAGGGGGGCUGCCUCCUCCACAGAGAAAACAGAACACCGCGGACAUCCUUCAGAACCUGACGGGAAGAAACAUUUCGGAUUACCUGGUGAAGACCUAUGUGCAGAUCAUAGCCAAAAGCUUAAAGAACAAGAUCUGGGUGAAUGAGUUUAGGUAUGGUGGGUUUUCCCUGGGUGCCAGUAAUUAUCAGUCACUUCCUCCGAGUGAAGAAGUUAAUGAUGCCAUCAAGCAAAUGAAGAAACACUUGAAGGUAGCCAAGGACAGCUCUGCAGAUCGAUUUCUCAGCAACUUGGGAAGGUUCAUGACAGGACUGGACACGAAAAAUAACGUCAAGGUGUGGUUCAAUAACAAGGGCUGGCAUGCCAUCAGUUCUUUCUUGAAUGUCAUCAACAAUGCCAUUCUUCGGGCCAACCUGCAGAAGGGAGAGAACCCCAGCCAGUAUGGGAUUACUGCUUUCAAUCACCCCCUGAACCUCACCAAGCAGCAGCUCUCAGAAGUGGCUCUGAUGACCACAUCGGUGGAUGUCCUCGUCUCCAUCUGUGUCAUCUUUGCGAUGUCCUUCGUCCCAGCCAGCUUUGUUGUGUUCCUGAUCCAGGAGCGGGUCAGCAAAGCCAAGCACCUGCAAUUCAUCAGCGGAGUGAAGCCUGUCAUCUACUGGCUCUCCAACUUUGUCUGGGACAUGUGCAACUAUGUGGUCCCCGCCACGCUGGUCAUUAUCAUCUUUAUCUGCUUCCAGCAGAAGUCCUAUGUAUCCUCCACCAACCUGCCUGUGCUAGCACUUCUCCUUCUGCUGUAUGGGUGGUCCAUCACACCUCUCAUGUACCCCGCCUCCUUCGUGUUCAAGAUCCCCAGCACAGCCUACGUGGUCCUCACCAGCGUGAACCUCUUCAUCGGCAUCAAUGGCAGUGUGGCCACUUUUGUGCUGGAGCUCUUCACCAACAACAAGCUGAAUAACAUCAAUGAUAUCCUGAAGUCUGUGUUCUUGAUCUUCCCACAUUUUUGCCUGGGACGGGGGCUCAUUGACAUGGUGAAAAACCAGGCAAUGGCUGAUGCCUUGGAAAGGUUUGGGGAGAAUCGCUUUGUCUCGCCCCUGUCUUGGGACUUGGUGGGGCGAAACCUCUUCGCCAUGGCCGUGGAAGGGGUGGUGUUCUUCCUCAUCACAGUGCUGAUUCAGUACAGAUUCUUCAUCAGACCCAGACCUGUAAAGGCAAAGCUUCCUCCUCUGAAUGAUGAGGAUGAAGAUGUGAGGCGGGAAAGACAGAGAAUUCUUGAUGGUGGAGGACAGAAUGAUAUCUUGGAAAUCAAGGAGUUGACUAAGAUAUAUAGAAGGAAGAGGAAGCCUGCUGUUGACAGGAUUUGCGUUGGCAUUCCUCCUGGCGAGUGCUUUGGACUUCUGGGUGUUAAUGGGGCUGGAAAAUCAUCAACUUUCAAGAUGUUAACUGGCGAUACCACUGUUACUGGAGGAGAUGCUUUUCUUAACAAAAAUAGUAUCUUAUCAAACAUCCACGAAGUACAUCAGAACAUGGGCUAUUGCCCUCAGUUUGAUGCCAUCACAGAGCUACUGACUGGAAGAGAACAUGUGGAGUUCUUUGCCCUCUUGAGAGGAGUCCCGGAGAAAGAAGUUGGCAAGGUUGGUGAGUGGGCGAUUCGGAAACUGGGCCUCGUGAAGUAUGGAGAGAAAUAUGCUGGGAACUACAGUGGAGGCAACAAGCGCAAGCUCUCAACAGCCAUGGCUUUGAUCGGUGGGCCCCCUGUGGUCUUUCUGGAUGAACCGACCACAGGCAUGGAUCCCAAAGCCCGGCGAUUCUUGUGGAAUUGUGCCCUAAGUAUCGUCAAGGAAGGAAGAUCAGUAUUGCUUACAUCUCAUAGUAUGGAAGAAUGUGAAGCUCUUUGCACCAGGAUGGCAAUUAUGGUCAAUGGGAGGUUCAGGUGUCUUGGCAGUGUCCAACAUCUGAAAAAUAGGUUUGGAGAUGGUUAUACGAUAGUUGUACGAAUAGCAGGGUCCAACCCUGACCUGCAGCCGGUCCAGGAGUUCUUUGGACAUGCCUUUCCGGGAAGCGUCCUGAAGGAGAAGCACCGGAACAUGCUGCAGUACCAGCUUCCCUCGUCCCUGUCCUCCCUGGCCAGGAUAUUCAGCGUCCUUUCCCAGAGCAAAAAGCGACUCCACAUAGAAGACUACUCAGUUUCUCAGACAACACUUGACCAAGUAUUUGUAAACUUUGCCAAGGACCAAAGUGAUGAUGACCACUUAAAGGACCUGUCAUUACAUAAAAACCAGACAGUAGUGGAUGUUGCUGUUCUCACAUCUUUUCUGCAGGAUGAGAAAGUGAAAGAAAGUUACGUGUGAGGAAUCCUGUUCCUAUGGGGCGACUGAAAGAAAGGAGGAGCUAGGCCUUCCUUUGUACCAUGCGAAGUGUUCCAGAGGAAAGAGCUGGAAGAUUUUGUGGGAAGAAGCAAACUGGAUACUGUACUGAUACUAUUCAAUGCAAUGCAAUUCAAUGCAAUGAAAAAAAAAAAAAUUCCAUUACAAGGGCAGUGCCUUUGUAGCCUAUGUCUUGUAUGGCUUGUGAAAAAGACUUGAAUUUAGUUUAUUACCUUAAGACUCAUGUGAGACGCUAGUAUGGAACCCAGUGGACAUAUGGGUUUGACGUACUUUUUUGUUCCUUUGUCUUCUAACUGGGAUUGCAACAAUAAUUCAUCAAGUAAUCAUGGCCAGUGAUUAUUUAUCAAAAUCAAAAGGCAUGCACAUCCUCGUUCAUUAAGCCGUGCCAUGCCAGGAGCCUGGCUUCCCGGUGACACUGCCACUGCUGGCAAUGAGUGUACCAGAAUUACGAGUGCCAAGUUGCUCAGAAGGGCUAAAGCACCACGGUAUGUCAUGCACACUUUUAUGAAAGCUGCUCUACUCAGAGUCUAUACCUGACAUCAUCAAAUAGCAGGUGACAAAAUGGUGCCAUGUGUGGGGUAAGCCCUGCUUUGAUUCCCUCUCUGACGAGCUGCUGUGGUGGUGGUACUGUGCAACUUUUAACAUGCAAAUUACAUGGUAACAUGGAAAAGUGAGAUUUGGUUCCAUUGUUGUCCCUUGCUUGGUACCAUGAAUCUGUCUCCAAGGUUCUCUUUCUGGGACUCUUGAAAUAUAUUUAGAUCCUGGUAAGAACAGUCAGCGACCACAUUGUUGGGGUUGCAAACCGCGGAGGCCAGGGAGGGAGGCCUAUGUGCAUUUGUCCUGAUUGUCUACUAUCACGGUACCCGCACCUCAAGAUGUUAUUUGAUACAAGUGUAGUAUUAUUUCUGGCUUUUCGAAUUAAUCUAGGAUAGGAAAAGAUAGAGUCGUAUUUUGACAAAAGUCUUUGUUCUUUUAAUGUUAUUUAGAAUUGUAAGUUCUGUCAGUGACUUCUAAAACCUUGGAAUGGCCUCUUUAUAGAACCCUGUGGUAGAGAGGCAUAUGGCCACACUGCCUCUCUAGCUUUAUUUUCUCAUGUAAGUUUGCAAAUGGAUCUUCUGACUAAUGCCUGGGGACUAGAAAACAGUGUGAUGGCUAAGAUCUCAUGACAUCAUAUUUAUGUUUCUGUAAGUUUGUUUAGAAUAUUUUUAGUAUCUUGUGCAUUAACCAAGUAUUUUUUUGAGUGUAUAACUGAGUAUGUAUGGAUGGCGUGGGGAGAAAUUAUGUCUCAGUAGAUUUCCUGUGCCAUGUUCUUCAGCUCUCUGGUUUACAAAUAUAGGUUAGUUGGUUGUGUGUGUGUGUGUGUGGUUGUGGGAACCCACUAAAAGAAUAUUGGGCAGUCCACUUUUUGAAAAUAGCAACAAUGCAAAAGCCGAGAAAGUUUAAGUGUCAUAAAAGUACGAGAGUAACAAUGAAUACUUUCACAGAGAAGACAGCUAGCUUCAAAACUCGUUGAACAGCACAAAACCUGUGCUUAUGGCAUUUAGUACCUGCAGAUAAUUGGCUUUGAAGAUCUCAGAUACCCGAUUCUGACAAUCUUAGGUUUUUCAUCUCUUUAAUCAUUUAACCUAUCAUGAAAAAAACACAGGAAAUGCCCCCACACGAAGAUGAUUUCAGACUUUUCUGACCCAGUUUUAUUUUUUCAGUCAGUAAACACUUGUUAAAAAUGUUACUGCAUUCGUGCUUAAUGUCAUCUGUCUUGAGACAACAAAAAUAUGAGAGAACGACUAUUUGAAGUUAAAGUGAUCUUUCAAUAUCAUUACUAAUGUCUCCUCCUUUAAGAAAAUUUAAAUAUUAACUCUAAAGAUAUUCAGAACUGUCCCAAGUCUUUAUUUUUUUCUUUUAAAAUUUACUAAAUGUUAUGUAACUUAUUGUUCUGAAAAAAAUGACUUUUAGAAAUUAAUGCCAAUAUUUUCUAAAAUAGUAAACAGGUAAUGAAGACAUUUUUUUUUCUAAUACCUAUUGUCAUGAGAUCAUUAUAUUUUAUGCUAUCUUUAAUGAUAUAAAAUUCAUGGAAUAAUUGUUUCUCCUUAAUAUUUUUCAAAAUCAAGUUUCUAUUUUCUCAUUUCCCUAGAAUCACGUUCUACUUCUAUAAACCAUGAGCAGCUCCUUUCUUUUACUUCAAGGCCAUAUUAAAAACAAAAUCAAAAGACACUGUGAACUACUUUGAAAAAAAAUACGUUUCAAUGCAGAUUUAAAGGGUUUCUUAAGCUAGAAACAAUCUACAGCUAUUUAUUCAUCUACUUCAUUAAUAUUGUUACCUUUUAGAAUAUCCAAAUAGUUUUUAAAAUUUUUGUGUGUAAGCCUAAUUAUAGCAGAAAUUUUUACCAAAUCUCUGCUCAGUUAUGUAAAAUUUCUGUAUAAUCUCUGUGGGAAUAUAAUCGUGAGUUUCAAAAAAAUUCUCAAGUGUUCAAAGACUUCAGCUUUUGCUUCUUUUGGACACCUUAAACCUUAUUAACUGUGAAUACAAAAGAAAACAAUAACAAAGCCCUCUAUACACAAAUACCCAGCAUAGGUCAUUGUUUAAAUAACAAAUAGCCAGACCUCAAACGACUGCAUUUCAGUAUCUGUGCUGAAAGCAUAUGCAUUGUGACUAUUAAAUAUUGCACAUCAUUCACUGUAAUCAUUGCUAAAGGGAUUGGUCUGUUUUCUUCUUGUGGUUGUAUAUAUCAGGUAAAAUUUUUUUCCAAAGAGCCAUGUGUCAUAUAGAAUUACUUUGAUACUGAGAUAGUAAUUUUUAUUUUUUACCCUUGUUACUAUUUACUAGUAAUAAUAUAGUACUAUAGUAAUACUGCUCUAAUUCUCUUCAAAAAUGUUGCAUCCCUUUUUAUAGAAUGUUUAUACUUCCAUAAGGUUUGAGUAUUCUUUUGUCCCUUCCAGUAUCCUAGGAUGAAACUAGGUUUUCAUGCUUUUUCUUUAUCAUUGGCCCUUCAUUCCAAGCACUUUAUGCUGUCUGUAAUGGGAUCUAUUUUUGCACUGGAAUAUCUGAGAAUUGCAAAACUAGACAAAAGUUUCACAAUAGAUUUCUAAGUUAAAUCAUUUUCAUUAAAAGAAAAAAAAAUUUUGUAUUGUCAAUAACUUUAUAUGAAGUAUUAAAGGCAUAUUUCUAUGUUGUAAAGUCACAAAAUAAAGCUGUGACAGUUCU